CAGACGCUCGGGUCGUGCUCGCCGUCCUGACCUCUGCCCGGCCGGGAAACUAACAAAGGCGGCGCGCGAGCCCGGCCCAGAGAGCUGCGAGCGGCGGCCGCGGGGCGGUGGAGCCUGGGCCGGGCCGGGCGAGCGCCGGGCGGGGGCUGCUCAGGAGUUCGGAGGCAGCGGCGCCGGACGACGCGGACCUCUGGCGGCACGCGCCGCUCGGACAACGCGGGCACCAUGGGCUGCUGCACCGGGCGCUGUGCGCUCAUCGGCCUCUGCGCGCUGCAGCUGCUCUCAGCAUUAGAGAGGCAGAUCUUUGACUUCCUCGGCUUCCAGUGGGCGCCCAUCCUUGGAAAUUUUCUACAUAUAAUAGUCGUCAUAUUGGGUCUGUUUGGAACCAUUCAGUACAGACCUCGCUAUAUCGUGGUGUAUACAGUAUGGACUGCCCUCUGGGUCACCUGGAAUGUUUUCAUUAUCUGCUUCUAUUUGGAAGUAGGUGGGCUCUCUAAGGAUACAGAUCUAAUGACAUUCAACAUCUCUGUACACCGGUCGUGGUGGCGGGAACACGGGCCUGGCUGUGUCCGAAGAGUGCUGCCCCCGUCAGCCCACGGCAUGAUGGACGAUUACACAUAUGUCUCCGUCACCGGCUGCAUCGUCGACUUCCAGUACCUGGAGGUCAUCCACAGUGCCGUCCAAAUACUACUCUCUUUGGUUGGUUUUGUGUAUGCCUGUUAUGUGAUCAGUAUUUUCGUGGAAGAAGAGGACACCUUUGAUUUCAUAGGUGGACUUGAUGCACACUCCUACUACCAGGAUCAUGUUGAGUUAAAGCCUGUUCAUCUGUCGAAAUAAGUAAUGACGCUGACUCUGAAAAUGCGGCUGCUGAACUUGACUUAGGAAACAAAGCACCAAUGACAGCACCUCUCUGCAUUGACACGUCUCACUUUCUUCCAGAGGAUGGACUGCACCUCCCCACUUUCCCACGAAUCACAGAGUUCUCCAGGCACGGCCUAAGUGUUAUUAGCAUUGUUCGCUAGAUGAGUUGUAGGUGCUUGGGUGGGUGUUUUUUUAGUCAUUUCCUUCUUACAUGAAUACUUGUAAAUUGUACCCCAAAAUUGGUUUUUAAUCUUUUAACAAUAUUUAAUGUGAGGCAUGCAAAAUGAAAAACAUUCUGUGAAAGCUUUCCACAGUCAAUUCUAAGAGAAAUGUGGCUUUGUGUAGUUGAGAUGUCAAGUCCCCAUUGCUGACUGCGGUGAUCUCGGGCCUGACGGGAGUUCUCAUAGAGGAUGUUACCCGGGGUUCCUCGGCAGGAAGUUAGAUGCGGUGACAGAUGAUAAAUGGGUACAGAUAGUGGAUGGGGCUUUCAGACUGAGUACAGAUCAUUUUUUCAACACCACAGACAAAAUAGAGAGUCCUCCUUUGUUCUCGACUUUCGAAAACCCAGAAUCAUAUUAUGGCAAUCUCAAUGUUCAGAUGCUUGCAUGAUAUCUCGUUCUUCCUAUGUUCUGAAAAAAUAUAUAUCACGGGCGUAUGAAAGAGUGAAAUGACCAGUAGAACACCUUUCCCAUUUGGAGGGUAUCUCUGAGGUUCAGAUUUUCUACCCUUUCUCCCAGUUCUGACACUGGCGUCAGACCUAAAUAUACAGCUUAUAGGUUUAUGGGACAGAAAUCACAACCAUAGAUCUGUGAGCAGGAAUGUUGCUCUUAAGAUAUUCCAAAAAGUAUUAAAAUGGUGCGGAAUUCUCUAUAAUACUUCUAAAGAAGAUGUUUAUCUUUGUUCUGAAUCAACUUCUCUUUCUCCUACCCCAUCCCAAGAACCAAGAAAGUAAUAUGGGAAACAAUAUUCCAUGGGAAAAGGACUGUUGAAAACAUAUCACAGUUUUUUCCUUCAUAUCUUUCAAUUAUUAUUUCCCAUAUCAAAAUAAGCUUUGCUCACUUUGUGUAACAACUAAGAUGAGGCCUCCUAUAGGGCCCGAAAUUAUGUCUACGUGCAGUAUUUAAUCCAGAAGUUAACUUGGCCCGUACAUCUCUAAGUCGGUCUACAAACCAUCUUAAAUUGUGUCCAAUUUUUUGUAUGUGUGUAGAGGUUUUUAUUUUCCUUCUUCUCCUUUGAAGCCCAUAUAUUUUAUAAGAUUCUGUUAAGAAUCAGAAUUUAUGCAAUAAAGUUGGCCCUGGUUCCUUCCAGUUCAUGAGAGACACCAUGGGCUUUCCGGAGGUCUGUUGUACUCACAGCCUCUGGGCUGUGCCCUGUCAGUCAGCUGACACUCACUGAAUCCCAUCACUUUUCAUUCCACUGAAUAAACCCAAAUUCAAAAUGAAGAGGAGAUAGCAGGGACUGGGGAGAAGGGCCAGUCCAAGCCGACUUGUACAGUUGGGGGCUGGAGCCUAGGGGAUUUGGUGAUUUCUCCGAAGCCCUGCUGUAUACAGAGGGCACAGGCUAUGACCGGAGGAAGGAGAAGCCGGAGGGCAAAAGGGGGGGAAGGUUGGGUCCCCAGCCCACCACUGUGGUCUUGGGCAGUGUUAGACAUCUCGGUCCUGGAGAUUUCCUCAUCGGUAAAGUAGAACAACAAUCCCUACCUCCCAAGGGUAAGGUGAGGAUUAGCUGAAAAUAUAAAAACUACUGUGUAAACUGUGAAGCAUGCCACAAUUGAAAGAGGCAGUUACCACUGUCAUGUCAGAACAAGA